AUGUGUCUCUCUUCGUUCAAAUGGCAUGCGAGAAUGACAAUCAGCAAACCAGAGAAUAACACGGAUGAGUGGCACUAUAUAAUGAUCGGCGUGGCCAGCGUGGUGGACUCGGAUGGAAGGCGCCUGGCGCGUGGUUCUGGCUUUAAUGAUGGUGGUGAUGAUGGCAACGAUAUUGACGGUAAUGAUGAUGAUAAUGGCAGUCAUGAUAAUGAUGAUAACGCUAAUGACAACGGUAGUGAUGAUAAUGUUGAUGACGAUAGUGAUGGUAAUGGUAUUGAAAAUCAUGUAAGCGGUACUGGCAACCAUGAUAAUGGUAACGGUAGUGAUGAUGGUGAUGACAGCGGUCCUCGUGACAAUAAUAAUGAUAGUGACAUUGAUGGUAAUCACAGUGCCCGCCUAACUCGUCGGCGCCUACGUCGAGAUGCGCAAGGAGGCUCGUGUCAACAGGGAGAUGACCUAUACUAG